AUUUCAUUUUUGUUUAGUCGUAGAGAUUAUUCUUUUAUAUACAAAAAAAAUAUUAUUUGUUGGGGCGUAUGAGGUAGUAGCUGAGCCCAGUAAUUGGCGGGUCUUUUCUUCCAAUUUGACAUUUGAAUUGAUCAACGGUCCAAGAUGGGGAGCUCGGUGCCGGAGAUAGAUCCCGCCGAGAUCUACAUCGCAUCAGAAAUCUUCGAUGCCUCCGUAAUCUUUCACACCAUCAACGAUGUCGUAGCCUUCGUCCUUUACAUGCACCAGCAAAUCCCCUCUGCAAGACAUGAGCGUUGAGUUCGAUUCAUUGAAUUCUGAAUAUAAGCAACUGGAGAUGGAUAUGGGAAAUGAAGUGAAGGCAUCAUUUAGGAGAAAGCAUGUGAGUAGAAUGAGGGAAAUCAAAGUUGGAAUAAAGAGAUUGGAUAAGUUGAUGAAAUCACUUUUGAAUUUAGAAACUGCACUUAAAGUGAUUAUCAAUGAGAUUCCUACCGUAGAUGGAGUCAUUUUGGCUCUUGGAGGUAGUCCGCUUAGACCACAGAAUGUUUAUGUAUUGGAAUUUCCUCGUGGAAUUGAUUUUUCCAAUGUUGGGGAUGAUUUUGCUAGGAACAAAGCUGCAGAGGCUCUUUCGAGAAAGGCGAUUCGAACGUUGAUAUCAAAGGGCGCUGGUUCUGUUGCUUAUCCUGGUCCUAACAAAUUGUUUGUGUUAAUUAAGGCCCCUUCUUCUUUCAACCAGCCUCAGCAUUUUCUGCCCAAACGUGAUUUUAAGUACAACAGAAAGAUUGUGCCUCUCAGGCUACUGUUUAAGUGCCGGAACCAGGAUCAAGAAGUGGCUACUUCUACCUCAGAAGAUUUGAUCUGGUUUCAAUGCCGACAUGUAAUAAAAGGCCUUGCAAUGAAUGCAAUGCCAGAAGAAUGAAAUCCUCUAUUCCAAUAUAAGGUUGGAGCAUCAUGUUGUAAAUAUGACUUUAUGCUUGAAUUGAAGCUAAUGUUCCCUUGUUUCAUUUUAGUUAUGAUGUGAGGUUGUUAAGCUUAGAUAGCAUUACUGUUGCAACAUUUUUAGGCCAAGACCAUGUUAUACCAUAAAUGAUGGACAAGUUAGAAACCUUAGGCAUUGGUUGAAUUACAUAUUAAACCGCUGAUUACAGCUUCUCAUCAACAGUUGAAGCCCAAGAAUAUGGAAGUUAUGAAAAGACUCCAUAUAAUUACUUAACAAGAUUCUAUACUCAACCAUGUAUUAAGAUUCUCUAUAUCUGUAGCUUUGGCGCUAUCGUUUUAGGAUUGGUAGCGUGGGAGUUUCCAUUGGUAACUGCUAGAGGUGUUUUUUGGGCUAAUGGCAACUUGCCAUGGAUUGGAGAGCUAAGUUUGUAUAACCUCAAAUGUGAUCCCUUUAACUUUGUAGGUAGGUUUAAAUUAUUUGAUUUGGUUGGAUUAGAACAUGUGCACUUGCUUAUGUGAAGGUGUAGUUGAAUUAGUGUGACAUCUUAACUUUUGUCUGUGAGCAUGUUAUACAAAUAUAGGUCCCUAGUUAUUGGGGUAGCAUUUUAGUUCAGUUGGUGAUUUAACAUGUGCCAUUAACUGAAAGGUGCGUGCGUCAUAGGUGCACAAAGCGUGAGUCACAAAUUUGGCUAUUAUUACCGUUCCUUUUUCUUUUUUGAUAAUGUAAUAUUGUUCCUCUGUUACAUACAUAAUUUUCAAUCCUUCA